AUGGGCCUGAAGACGCUCCUGCUCGACAACUACGACUCCUACACAUACAAUCUGUUCCAGCUGAUAGCGGAAGUGAAUGGAGAGCUGCCCACUGUGCUGCGCAACGACGAAGUCGACUGGCCCACACUGUCCAAGCGGCUGGAGGCGGGGGAGUUCCACAACAUCGUCAUCUCCCCGGGCCCCGGCACGCCCAAGCGGCCAGCCGACAUUGGCGUGAGCCUGCAGCUGCUGAGGGCGCAGCUGCCCAUCCCCACCCUGGGCGUGUGCCUGGGCUUCCAGGCGCUGGCGCUGGCGCACGGCGCCGCCGUGGCGCACGCCCCCGAGCCCGUGCACGGCCGGCUGAGCGGCGUGCAGCACAGCGGGCACCCGCUGUUCGACGGCAUCCCCUCGGGCCCCGCCUAUGCUGUCGUGCGCUACCAUUCGCUGGUGGUGCAGGAGGCCAGCCUGCCGGCAUGCCUGCACGGCCUGGCGUGGACCUGCGGCCAGCACCACGCCCUGCAGCUGGAGGCUGCGCCCAGCGACGGUGGCGGCGCCGGUGCCGGCACAAACGGCGCUGCCGACGGCGCGGCGGUUGGUGGCGCUGCGGCUCAUGGCGGGUACCCUCCUCUGCCAGCAACCGGCGGCGGCAUCGGCGGCGGUGGUGGCCCCAGCGGGCAACGUGUGCUCAUGGCGCUGGCCCACCGCAGCCUGCCUCACUGGGGGGUGCAAUUCCACCCCGAGAGCGUGGCCACGCGGUACGGCGUGGCGCUGCUGCGCAACUUCGCGGCGCUGACGUGGCGCCACCACGGGCUCAGCGUGCCCAGCGUGCCGCCCUCGCUGGCCUCCAAGCUUGCAGGCCCGCCAGGGGCAGCCAUGCCGCCACGGCCCUGGGAUCAGCAGCCGGGCAACCUGCGCCUGCACCACCGCCACCUGCCGUGGCUUCUGCCAGCCUGCGGCGGCUCCGAAGCCCUCUUCUGGCAUCUGUUUGGCGGUGGCAGCGACGGCAGCGGCAGCAGCAGCGAGGCAGCCGCAGACACGUUCUGGCUAGACAGCGCCACCCCUGACCGCGGGAGGUACUCGUUCAUGGGAGGGCGGGGUGGCGGCCUGUGGCGGCGCAUAGAAUACCGCCUGCCGCAGCCGCCGCCUGCGGCAGCAGCAGCAGCACUAGGCGCCAACGGCUCGCCGCAGCCGCUUGGCAAUGGGGCGGCUCCGCACAGCGGCAGCGGCAGCGGCAGCGGCAGCGGCAGCGGCAGCGGCAGCGGCAGCGGCGUGCCGCCGGGCACGCUGGUGCUGACGGCGGCGGAUGGGCGGCGAGAGGAAAUGCGCACCCGGUUCCUGGACUGGCUGCAGGGCCUGCUGGCCAGCCAGCGCUGCCGCGUCUGCCCCGAGGAUGCCGCUGCCCUGCCCUUCAACUUCUGGGGGGGUCUGGUGGGAUACCUGGGAUACGAGCUCAAGGCAGAAUGCGGCGGGAGGCAGGCGCAUGCCAGCCCCACGCCCGACGCCGCUUUCUUCCUGGCAGACCAGCUGGUGGCGGUGGACCACCGCACGGGGGCCGUGUAUGUGCUGGCUCUCAGCGAGGAGGGCAGCGUGGCGAGCGAGCAGGAGGCUCAGCGCUGGGUGGCGCACACGGCUGAGCGAGUGCAGGCGCUGGCGUCGGCAAGUGCUGCGGCCGAUGGGGGCGACAGCAGCCUUCCACCGCCGCAGCAGGGCACCGGCCGUGCGGCUGCCAACGGCACGCACGAAGCUGCCAGAAGCAAUGGGGCAGCUGUGAGGGGAGCAGCCGAGCAGCCACCCAGCGGCAAGGCGCAGCGGCGGCAGCCGGGGCCCUUCCGCCUGCGUGAGGGGCGGCAGCGCUACCUGCAGAACAUAGGCAGCUGCAUGCAGGCGCUGCACGACGGCGAGUCGUACGAGGUGUGCCUCACCACCCAGCUGCGCCGCCAGGGCGCCCCCGACCCCCGCGCCCUCUACCACGCCCUGCGCGCCACCAACCCCGCGCCCUACGCCGCCUGGCUGUGCUUCGGGGCCGGCGACCUGCAGCUCUGCUGCUGCUCGCCCGAGCGCUUCCUGGCCGGCGGCCGCGGCGGGCAGCUGGAGGCCAAGCCGAUCAAGGGCACCGCGCCGCGCUCCUGCGACCCGCGGCAGGACGCCGCCAUCGCCGCGCAGCUGGCAGGCACGCCGGGGCUGCCGCUGGGGGGCUCCAUGUGA